AUGGCUGCGGAGGAGCCUGCCCCUAAUGGUGUUUACUACGGCUUUAGCGAGGAUGGUUUCGAAGCAACGAUCAAAUUCGAUGGACGGUCGCGCAUCAAGGAAGUCCGAGUGAACGAUCCGCAGGGAGAAGUCACUAAGUUGAUCUUCACUAUGAUCGGAAAAGCGAUAAAGUCCUAUUUUGGCAUACCAGGAGAGACCAGAUUUGUCAAUCUGAUCGUCGAGCCUGUUGACCGCACCAAAUUUGAUGGCACGAAGGAAAGCUUCCAUGGCGCUCGACUGAAUACUAUGGUCGGGCAGCCUUUCGACAGGAGCCAUCUAAGGAGACUGUUUGGCCUCAAGGAGCCUGGCAAGCUCAAGCGUAUGCGGUCACGCAUUGCCAGGAGCAUUACAUCGAUCAGGAAACCAGGGGCCUUUCUGCACAGACGCACGAUGCGAGACGGAAUGGAGGAAAGACUCCUCGCACAGGACGAUACCGAUUUAGAACUCGACAACCCAGCUACGAUGAUGGCCGACUACGUAGAUAUAUAA